AUUUCACAACUGGUCCACCCCCGGGGCAUUGAGAAGAGGAAUGUCAAUGUCGCUGCAGCAGGUAUCCCUCUCCCCGCAAGUGCAUAUAUCUCUUCAAGCCCGACUCCCUCGCUACGCAUUUCCUUCCAUGUCGACCAGGCCCCACCGGUCAUAACACUCCGCCGCUGAAUUCCUCCGUCUCAACUUGCGACAGCCAUGUCGUUUACAAACCUACUCUGGACGAGUGCUCAGCCGAUUAUUAAGAUGCUCAUCAUCGCUGCGGGAGGAGCGACGCUGUUCAAAACGGGGGCGAUAAAUCCCGCGGGGCUCAAAGUGCUGUCGAAGGUCAACAUCUAUCUCCUCGCACCCCCACUCCUGUUUGUCAAGAUCGUAGCGGGGAUCACAGUGAACGAUCUCCCAAAACUAGGCAUCAUAGUCCUCGUAGCCCUCAUCUACCUCCUCCUCGGCCUCCUCGCCGGGCUGCUCAUCCGGCGUUGCACACGGACCACGCCCACCUUCAACUACGCCGUCAUCGCCUGUGCGACUUGGGGAAAUUGGGGGGAUAUCCCGCUAGCGGUGAUCCUCUCCCUCGGCGCCCUCCCACCCUUCUCCGCCGGCGACGACACAAAAGGCGUCGCAUACGCCUCGAUCUUUGUUGCAGUGUUCUAUUUCACGCUCUGGGGGGCCGGGUACAAGCUUUUCCAGAUGGAUUAUGCGGGGGAUGACAAGAAGUUGGAUCUGGAGAUGGAGGUGGAUUUGGAGGGUGGCAGUGUGGGUACGGUAGGGGAUAAGACUGACGAGAUGCCGGAGGAGGGGAUGGGGGAUGCACGAGAGUCUGCGCCGGCGGCGGCGAGCGUGACGGCGCCCAGUGUCCGGUCAACAGCGAUGUCAACGCAACGGAGCAGCUCGAAACGCAACAACACACCCACCGCCCGGCGAAUCGUCCAUCGGCUCGGUCGCGUGUACCACACCUACAGCUCCCUGUUCAACGUGCCGAACGUGACACUCUUACUGAGUCUGGUGAUUGCGCUUGCGCCGCCGCUGAAAUCGCUGUUUGUGAGGACGGACGGGGGUGAACCGCCGUUGGGGUUCUUGUUUCGGACACUGGAUUUUUUGGCCGGUGGGACUGUCCCAAUGAGCCUAGUAUCCCUCGGCGGCGGCCUAGCCCAACUCUCGUUCCGCCAAACCUCCCUCCCGAGCUGCCUCUCUCUCGUCACCUUCAAACUCCUCCUCCAACCCGUCUUCGGUCUCGGUCUCUCCCUGCUGCUCACCCACACUCUGCAGUGGGUGGACAUGCACGACAAGAUCUUCCGCUUCGUGCUGCUGUUCAUGUCGUGCACGCCGACAGCCUCGACAACAAUCUUACUGACGCAGUUCUAUUCGCCGACGGGGGAGAGCGUAGAGAUUGGGAGUACGUUGUUUGUGAUGUAUGUGGCGAGUUGUGUGACGAUGACCGGGUUCAUUGCGUUGUUUAUUCAUCUGGUUGGGUGAGAGGGUGAGAGGGACGGAGGGUUUCAGUCAUAGGGACGAAGGGGCUUUCGUCGCCGUGAUACGAACAUGCAUGGCUUUGGUUUUGGGGUUCUAGAACUAGUUUUGUAAAUAGCAUUUUAGACGCUUAUAAUCGACCCCCCCCCCCCCCCCUGAAUAGG